AUGUAUGUGAAAUGGUUUGAUACAGUAAUGUUAUACUAUGUGAUUUUAGUGAAUGUCACUUUUUGUCAUUUUUUAAUUUCCCGCCGUUCCGUCCCCCAUACGUCCUGCCGCUCACAGGGGAUGGAACCCAGAUGACAGACGCAGGAAGGACAUCGCGGGAGAGCAGGACAAGGUAAGUGAUCAAGGGAUCCCGGAGCAGCGCCGCAUAGUAUUCCCGAGUGUAGCUCGGGGUUAUCGCUUGUGCUACACUCGGGAAUACCGCCAGGGAGGUUA